GGGUCCUGCUGGUGUGGAAUGUUUCAGGAGGUGCCAUGUUUUGGCUUAUCCAGAAAAAAGGCUAGGCUCUUGGGAGGGAGAAGGGGCUCUCGAACCUGAAGAUGAUCUGAAUUGGACCCUCCAGCUCCUGACGUGUUGUUGGGGUUUCAGAAGCUAUUUCAUCUUGAAUGCAUUUUUAUUUCAAGUUCUUGUUAACUGAAUGUUGAAAGGCUCUUAUCUGUGACAUCACAGCUCAUUAGCAUAAAGAUCCUGCCUGGCUUUCUCCAGUGCAAUGUCAGGGAGAUGGGCUGCUCUCUGUUGCAUUGUUGACAUGGCUCUCUAAUCUGGAGAGCAGUGGCAUGAUGCUUUUCUAAAAGCUGCCGGUCUUUGGGGUGGGGUGGGGGAGCGAAGGAAGCAAGAUUCAUACUUUAUGGAAGAUGACCGGGUUGAUCAGCGAACCUGCCUUAUCUGUGGAGACAGAGCUACAGGUCUGCACUAUGGUAUCAUCUCCUGUGAAGGCUGCAAAGGGUUUUUCAAAAGGAGCAUUUGCAACAAGCGGGUUUACAGAUGCAGUCGAGACAAGAACUGUGUCAUGUCCCGCAAACAGCGAAACAGAUGCCAGUAUUGCAGGCUGCUCAAGUGCCUCCAGAUGGGGAUGAAUAGGAAAGCAAUCAGAGAAGAUGGCAUGCCAGGAGGCAGGAACAAAAGUAUUGGACCUGUUCAGAUAUCAGAGGAGGAGAUUGAAAGAAUUAUGUCUGGACAAGAAUUUGAGGGGGAGGCAAACAUCUCUUGGAGUAACAAUGGAGACAGUGACCAUAGUUCUCCUGGGAAUGGCGUUUCUGAGAGCAACCAGCCAUCACCUGUUUCUACUCCGUCUUCAAGUAGGUCUGUGGAGCUGAAUGGAUUCACUGCACUCAGGGAUCAAUAUAUUGGGACUCCAGUGUCCACGCACUAUCAGUACCUACCGCACCUUUUUAACUACUCUGCUCACUCAGCUCUGAUGCCCCCACAGACCCGAAGCCUAGAUCCCCAGUCACAUAGUCUCAUCAAUCAGCUAGUGUCAGCUGAGGACCUGGAACCACUUGGCACUCCAAUGCUUAUUGAAGAUGGGUAUAAAGUGACUCAGGCAGAGCUGUUUGCAUUGCUGUGUCGUCUGGCAGAUGAGUUGCUUUUCAGGCAGAUUGCUUGGAUAAAGAAGCUGCCAUUCUUCUGUGAACUCUCAAUCAAGGACUAUACUUGCCUGCUAAGUUCCACAUGGCAGGAGCUGAUUCUGCUGUCCUCACUAACCGUUUACAGUAAACAGAUCUUUGGUGACCUUGCUGAUGUAACCUCCAAGUACUCUCCCUCUGACGAUGAGCUGCACAGAUUCAGUGAAGAGGGAAUGGAGGUGAUGGAACGGCUGAUCUACCUCUACCGCAAAUUUAACCAAUUGAAGGUCAGCAAUGAGGAGUAUGCAUGUAUGAAAGCCAUUAACUUCCUCAAUCAAGACAUUAGGGGCCUGGCUAAUACAUCCCAACUGGAGCAAUUGAAUAAACGGUAUUGGUACGUGUGCCAGGAUUUUACAGAAUACAAGUACCCACAUCAGCCAAACAGGUUUCCGGAUCUAAUGAUGUGUUUGCCAGAGAUACGAUACAUUGCAGGAAAAAUGGUGAAUGUUCCUCUGGAGCAGCUGCCCCUCCUUUUUAAAGCCGUUCUGCAUUCCUGCAAGACAAGCGUGAGCAAAGAGUGAGCCUUCAUUGCCCCGAACCCAUGCCUUACUCUGGUGCUUCUGGUGGGGAACUGGCUCAUGUGAAGAGAGAGGGGAGGGAAAACCAUGAUCAAGGCAGUAGGGAGCUGCUGAGACAGGGCGUCAGGUAGCCCUGUCAUUGUAGCAAGAAUCUUUUUUUGUUUGUUUUUUUGUUUUUUAAACUCUUUUCCUAUAUAUUUAUUUCACGACAGAGUUGAAUGUAUGAUCUUCAACACAGUGCACAUGGUUCUGUAUGAAUGCAGCAGAUGCAUUCUCUUGCAGUUUACAGAAUGUGAAGAUGUUUAAUGUUACAGUGUUUGUUAGGAUUAGUUCUUUUGUAUUUGGGGGGCUGGGGGCCGAUAUGACUAAGACUACCUCAAUGAGAAGAUGCUGUUCAUGUACUGAUCAUUCCAUGAUUCAUAUCCAAAGUGUUUUCCUGGAGAGCAAACUGCCUCACUCCACUGGGAGAGCUGUUAACUUCCCAAAUGCUGGAGCGCAUUGGAGGAGUGUGGGCAUUAGAGAAGUGCCAAGCUUCAAAAAAGAUAAGUGGGGGAGAAGGUGGUACACCAAAACCAGAAUUUGGGUACCCCCAGAAUAGCCAACCUGUUUAUUGUUAUAACCAAUCUGUUCUCAUUAAGUGUGGGUCUCCAGGGUGGCUAAGGGAAUACUUGGAGGACACAGAUACAGCCGUGGAUAAAUUAUUGACACAAGCAGUAUUCCAAAACAAGGCACCUUUUAUUGGACAAUUUCUUGACACAGUAACAAUCUAAACACAAAUCCCUUUUAUAACAAGUUAAAGAGCACCUCAAACCACAUUGCCUUAUAGCUUGACACGAUACUGAGUGGAUGCUCCCUGCUUCAGAUGGUCAGUCUGUCAUAGAUAGCUAACAGCCAUUUUUAGAUGUCCAUUAGUUUUUACACGUAUAAAUCCCUUUCACAGUCAACACACACAGUCAAUAUAUCUGUAUUAACCCCCCCACCCACACACACACACACACUAUACUAUGCUAUGCUAUAACUAUACCCGUUACUCUGUCUGACAAACUUACUCAGCUGACGGCACAGUAUCUUUUCCUGUUUUCUUUCUCCCACUCCUCUGCUGCAUCCUUCUCUUCUCCCACUGCUCACUGCUGCUUCUCCUCGUCUCACCCUCACCUCUUUUGCGCCUUCCUCUGCCUUCUCUGCUCACUGCCUUCUCAACCUCUCAACUCUCAGCUGCCACUGACUUUUAUACCCUACUUUGCUAACGGUCACAUGUCAGUCAUUCCAUUUGACCAUUAUUUACCUCAGUGUUAUGAUCUGUCAUUUGUUGUUUACCACCCUCUUUUUCCUGCCAAUUCCUAGUGCUACGUGACCUGCAGCUGUCAGCUAGUGGUGGAGUGACUCUUGCUUAUUCAAAAUGGAAGCCAGGAAUCUAGAGAUUUCAAAAUGGAGUUUCUCUGGAAUCAGAGGGAGAAAUGAAGUCUACUAGUUGACCAAAAAAAAAGUCGUCUUCAGUUUUCAAAUGAAACUCUCAUGGUGUAAAUUGAGUCCCCCUGAAAUUCUGUCACAAGAGAAUUGCAGCAUUCCAAGGCUGAGAAAGGCCCCUAGCCCAUAUUCCCCUUCCCUGGGCAAUGCAGAAUUGUGUUCUCUCUCUCUCUCUCUCUCUCCAACUGAUGCAUGAUUAUUCCCUCACAACUCUCCUACCAAACUGGAAUUGUGUCAUUGUAAUUAAUAACAGGCUUUGAAUGGGGUGGCAGAAAUAAAUCAGGCAGACUGCAAAUCAUUUAAUUAUUGGCUAAAUGCUAUCUCUUAGAAUCACAAACUGGAAAAGCAUUCUGAGAAGCCAGGGCAAUAUAUGUUCUCCAUGGCUAGAUCUGGCCUAGUUUUUAAAUUACUCCAGUGAAGAGGAUUUCCUACUACAGUAGUUACAAGCAAUUCACAUCAGCGAACACUUCAAACCCAGCAGCUUCUAUCCCUCCUGUGGAUAAAAUAAAUAUGACUUCUGAGAAGAGAUUUCAGUAUCCUCUGCUAUUGGGUGUCUGUUGAACCUUGGAGAACAUAUGGGUAUUAACAAAGUCCUGCAUGUACCAUUUUACUGCUUGGAGGGGAGUGUAGUAGGAAAACUUGGCUCUUAGUACAAUUCAUCUAUAUUACUUAGUUCUAAAUCUCACAGAAUUUAGAUGUUCCACCCAGUAACUUCAGUCACUUGCAUUACAUCAAAAAUACUUUAAUUGCUGCUGUUUGAUUAACAUGUAUUACUGUCCAUUAAGCCUCAGUGUCCUCCUUGACUUCCUGUAUCCACAUGAUUGCUAGCUGGGGUCGAGUUUCUUUCCCUGUUUCCAUCAUUCAUAGAUCUAUGAAAUCUCACUCAUUCUAACAGGCAGCCAUGUUCCCUUUGCUGAAUUUUCUGCUGGGACCCUUAGUUGUGAAUCUGUUUUGAGUGGUUACAUUAGGCUGAUUGAGACAUUUUUGAAUGUUAAAGAACCUGCUAUUUUUAAACUACCUCGAGUUCUUCAGGAAACAACUUCUGCUCUUCUGGGUUGGGAGAAAACAUCCUUACAUCCUUGCCAUCCUCUGUCCAGUCAUGACCCAUCAUAGUGUAUGGCACAAAUUAAAUGUGGUCAGGAGAAGCAGUCUUUUCUUCUGAACAAGCACCUGCUUGCCACUGAAGUACUGUACCUGCUAGUGGGUAGAAAUGAAUUGAGUGAACAGCAGAAGCAUAUCAUUCAGUCCCACCCCAAAUGCUACCUACAGACUAGUGUAAUAGCAGCCCAACAGCCAUUGGAACUUGCUAGCUUGGCACAUCUCUAGGUUAGUCAACAGUUACUCUGUACAAUAAGUGCAAAUGGGUCCUGCCUGCAAGAGAUGACUACUCCAUCCAAAACCAUCUCAGCAGAGACAAGCUGUUGACUAACCCUGUAGACCAAAGGCAGUGUUGCUCUCUUUAAUUCUGCUUUGUGAAUCUUCCCACUUGAUUUUUUUCCUUGCUUUAGGUAGUCCACUAGCUGCUGAUAUACACUUUCCUAAAAUAAGAUGUUACGGGUAACAGCUGCUGGGAUCAGCAGAAUUCCACUUUUAUAUCGCUUGACGAAUCCAAAGUUAGUUUCAUGAAUCUCAUUUGCUUUCUGUUUAUAAAAUGAGACAAGCACAUAUUUCUCAGGAAAGCCUUCUGCAUACAGUAUAUACCUCAAGUAUACAUGGGAAGAUUUUAGUGUAUCUGUUUAUUUCUAAGUUAGGAAGUAUUGCCAGCUUUAACUUUCAUUUUCAAAUAAUUCCACAUGCUACUUGUAUUACGGGUUAUUUUCUGGCUUGCUUACACAUUUCAGGAAUAGUUUAACUGCACAGAAGUAAUCUUAUUCCACAGUUAUUAGAUGAUUAAUUAUUGAUGAAUAAGAGUUCGUUUUAAUUAGAAGAUCUCUAUGCUAAAAUUAGAAAACUUGUUUUUGCCAAACACCUGACAAAAACAUCUGUUUUGUACUCGGUCCAAAAUUGACUCCCCAGGAAAAUGCUGCGCAAGCAAAUAUUUAAUAAACUUGAUGGGGGUGGAGGGAGGGGAUGUGCUACUACUUGCAACUGUGUAAACCAUUUUGAUAAAUGUUGAUUGGCAGCAGUAUCUGUGAACAAACCCCCUUGUAUCGCAGUGAGCAUAAAAGCUGUGUUAAAUUCACAAGCAAGAACGAGACUAACAUACCGAACCAGAACCUAACUCGCUGGACAGUCAUUAAUGUCUUCUGCACCAGGUCCUCUAAUGACUUGUGUUUUUUAAACAGGGUAAAGUGAAUGUGUUGCAUUGCAAACUCAGGUAUUAUGAUGAGAAGAUAGGAAUGUAGCUAGAAAUGUAGCGACAUUAGGUCAGUCACUAGAUGUAUUUGUGAAUUUGGUUUGAAGGACAUCCUACAAAAGUUGGAAUUGUUUGUCCCAAUCUUCACAUAACAUUCGGUUUACAGGGAACCAUAUUUUAUUUGUGCUUAAUGCUAGUUGGGUGGGGAUUAUCUUUGGUAUCUGCUGUUGCUUAUCUGGCCUUCUGUCAUAGAAGACAAUAAUCAUUUUUGGUGGAAUUUUCUGCCAAGACAAGUCAAUAUUUAUCUCCGGUUUGAAAGAUAACUCAAUUGACCCCAUCCUUUCCCUCAUAGUAUUUGUGCAAAUGUAAAUCUGAAGAGUUUUUUUUAAUCCAAACAGAUUUUUGGAUACAAAUUUGAAGUGCAUAUGCUCAUAUAUUCAGAGGGGGCUCAGUUCACAAAUGAACACAUUUAAAAUUGUAAUCUGCUCCAGGAAACUCUCUAGGUUUUGAGUAUCAUCUCUUGCUAAUUACUGCAUUGCCAAGAAACUGCUACUAUCAGCGAAUGGUGUUACUCCGUUAGCUCAAGUGGCAAGGCCACUGCUUUCAGUGCUGAAGGUACUGGACUUAAAUGCCAAUGACCUGGCACCACAGGCCAUGAUUAAAAGCCCGCUGAAGUCAGUUGGAAUCUUUCCAUUGGCCCUCAGGGCUGUGAAUAAGGCCAUAGAAGCACGACUUGAGCUGAAAGAGUAAAUUUUUACUCCAUUAGCUUUAGCAGUAGUAGGCUUUUAUCCUCUGUGGGGACCAGCAACUAGAAGGGGACAUAACUCACAAGCCAAGUGUGUCAUGCCAGCAAGAAGCUCAAAGCCAGUUAUAUCUAUAAAUUGUUAAUUCCAUAAACACCAGGGACUUAGGCCCCUCCCCCUUGGUGAGAACCCAAUCAGGUUUACACUCAGCAGCACCAAUUCAA